AUAAAGUAAGCUGCACAUUCAAGACUCACAAGAAGAGAAAGGUGUGUGGUGUUGCAGGUUUAAUGACAUUGGUUUGCAGACAUUACGGUAUUGGAAUAAAGAAAUAAACUGAUUAUAAAGAAAAAUAAACAUUGAGAAGUGAAAAGCAUAGCAUCACUUGCCUUGUGUGUGGAGAGAUUCCCUUUCUGUGUGGGGUUUUUACUAGUUGAAUGGAUAAACUGAAGAAUUGGCCUGUUAUUUGAUUGUUCAGUUAAAGAGAAUAUCAAGAUUCAGCGUAUAGGAAUUCCCCUACAUAUCCUGAAGUGCUGAAAAGGACCUGACCUCUCCAGAAGGACCAUAGUAACAAGGACCUGACCUCUCUAUUAGAAACAUAGUGGCAAGAACCUGACCUAAACAUAAGGACCAUAGUAAAGCCACAAUAGUCUAAUUGGGCACUACUUUCUGUUUGCAUGAGAUUCUUUGCCUGUGAUCUCUGGAUGGUCUUUGGUGGAAUGAAGAGCCACCCUGAGGUGUGAUUGUCAGUCUUAAGAUUUGGAAUUCUACCGCUUUUCAUUGUUGAUGUGUGGGGCAGUGACCCCUCAGCGGUGCUGCCCCUGACUGUGAGGUUUCCUUGCAGUCAGUGUUACCAUUGAUUGGUCUGCGUUGAGGAGUAUGGACGAUCAGACCAGGAUGAUGCAGACUCUGGCCGGUGUGAAUAUGGCCGGUCACUCGGUACAAGGGGGAAUGACUUUGCCACCUCCACAUGGACAUGAUGGGACAGACGGGGACGGUAGAAAGCAGGACAUUGGGGACAUCUUGCACCAGAUCAUGACCAUCACUGAUCAGAGCCUGGAUGAGGCACAAGCAAAAAAACAUGCACUAAACUGCCAUAGGAUGAAGCCAGCCCUCUUCAGCGUCCUUUGUGAAAUCAAAGAAAAAACAGGUCUCAGUAUCCGAGGAGCACAGGAGGAAGACCCACCAGACCCUCAGCUCAUGAGACUGGACAACAUGCUACUAGCAGAAGGUGUUUCUGGCCCAGAGAAAGGAGGUGGCGCAGCGGCUGCGGCGGCCGCAGCAGCUGCAUCAGGUGGAACCUCUGACAAUUCCAUUGAACACUCAGACUACAGAGCCAAACUCAGCCAAAUUCGGCAAAUCUACCACACAGAACUGGAGAAGUAUGAGCAGGCAUGUAAUGAAUUUACAACACAUGUGAUGAAUCUCCUGCGGGAACAGAGCCGAACGCGCCCCAUCUCCCCCAAAGAGAUCGAGAGGAUGGUUGGAAUCAUCCACCGGAAGUUCAGCUCCAUCCAGAUGCAGCUGAAGCAGAGCACCUGUGAAGCAGUUAUGAUCCUCCGGUCAAGGUUUCUCGAUGCCAGGAGGAAAAGACGUAAUUUCAGCAAGCAGGCUACAGAGAUCUUAAAUGAAUAUUUCUACUCCCACCUCAGCAACCCUUACCCAAGUGAAGAAGCCAAAGAAGAGCUGGCCAAGAAAUGUAGCAUCACAGUGUCGCAGGUAUCAAACUGGUUUGGAAAUAAGCGAAUCAGAUACAAGAAAAACAUCGGUAAGUUCCAGGAGGAAGCAAACCUGUACGCAGCUAAGACCGCAGUCAAUGCAGCACACGCCGUAGCAGCUGCCGUCCAAAAUAAUCAGACAAGCUCCCCCACAACACCAAAUUCCGGUACUACUACUGCUUCUUUUAAUCUCACAAAUUCAGGCGAUAUGUACAUGAAUAUGCAGAGUCUGAAUGGGGAUUCUUUCCAAGGGGCCCAAGUUGGAGCCAAUGUGCAAUCACAGGUGGAUACCCUUCGUCAUGUUAUCAAUCAGACGGGAGGAUACAAUGAUGGCUUAGGAGGGAACUCACUGUACAGCCCACAUCACUUAAAUGCUAACGGAGGGUGGCACGAGGCCGCAACACCUUCCUCUGUCACUUCCCCCACCGAGGGGCCGGGCAGCGUAAACUCUGAUACCUCUAACUGAGUGAGCCCUACCCAAGCUCCGAGUGAAUACAGGAGAUCACUUUUUUGCGGAUCAUUCCUCACCCUUAACAUACACGGGAUAAAACAUACUCUCCUGUCUGAUCCCAAGAAGGACCUGUAUAGCCUCGCUGUAGAACCCAGCCGUGACAAUUCACUGGAUAUGGAAAACUCUCAGCCAUGCAUUAUAUUUGUACUAAGUCACCAUUUUAAAAGCACUUUAUCUAAUUGGGCCAAGAUCUACGUAGCGUCCGUGAAAUGACUCCCCUCCCAUCUCAUCAGCACUUUGUUAAAAUCACUCAUCUAAAGGAGUUAGCAGCCGCUUGAAGAAAAAAAAAAAAUGUUUGCAUGUCUCCUUAAAAAAUUCCAGGAUGCAUUGGGAACAAAAUGGAUGUUUUUUCGUUUCCAGCUGUUGCAGAGUUGAAGCUGUUCUUUUUACUUCUUGUAUUACUGGCUGUGUAAGUUGGAGAUCUAUUUUCUUUAGCAGGGGCUACAAUUAAAUGUAAACGAAUGAAUUAACUCCAUGGCAACUAUUCAGUUAUCUUCUGUUCCGUCUAGUGGAGGAUAUAUAUAUAUUUAUUUUGUUACUUUUAGAUGAAGUAGCAGCACAUUUAUAGUGUUACAGGCCUAUUAACUAUUAACCUGAAUACUUUUCAGCAAAAUUCCAAGAGAGUAUAGCAGAACUAGAUUAUGGGAGAGCUUCUAAUAGUAAACAUUUAGUCCUACUGCACUACAUGAAGGGAUGUGGAACAAUGCUCCUUUAGUAAACACAACUAUAUUAAAGUAAACAUAAAAAGCAAACAAUGUACUUUUUUUCUUGUAAAAUGAUAUUCUCACUGUAGUCACUGCCCUCCGAGAUAUGAGAGAGCUGACCAGUUUAGAACUUAAGUUGCAUUCUGCCUCUUCUGAGCAUGGGCAAAACUGACUUCCUGUUUCUCUUGCAUUCACUAACUACUAAGCCAGCUAGUGUUACUCUCGAAGGUUUAUGACAUCAAACUAUAUAUGCCUUCUUUUAGAGACCCCAGCCCCCUUGUAGGGCAGUGACAGGAAGUAAUGGCACUUCACAAAUUAAGUUUAAUAAAAAGUAAAACCCUUUUAAAAUGAUGAUUAAUACAUAUUGCAAUGAUUUCUAUUUAGUAUAACCCAUGGCCUAGUGUUUUUUUUAUCACAACAAUGAAACAGAUUGGUUUAUAUCCCUUUAAGGCUAUUUGUAUUAAGCAAACAAAAAUCAAAUCUCCAUUGUACCUUUAUUACAAAUGGUUUCACUGGGUCGUACAUAGUUUAUUACAAAUGUUGCCUCUACAGUUUUUGCCUCUUCCAUUAGUCAACAUAUAUUUUAUAGCCAAAGACUUCACACUCUGUGAAUGGGGGCUAAGUAUGUUCAAUGCAUCUAUUUUAGAAAUCUGAGCAUAAAUUGGGAUUCCUUUUAUACUAAGUGGAGUCUCCUGCUUUUGAGCCCCAUUAGUUGGGUCUCACCCAAGACUUUGAUCCAGUUUCACCCGAAAAUGUUACCUAUCAAAUCUACGUGACUUAACACAAAUUGCCUUUUAUGUAGAUGAAGACCGGUGCCCACCAAACCCACCAUUUUCCUAGCGCUAUCUCUCUAUCAAUUUCAAGAUGGAAUAAUGAGAUUACAGAAAAAAAAUAUAUAAAAUAGCAAAGACGUAAUAGAAAGAACAAUGAAAAUCUUUUCAGUAUUUGAGUCGCAAGAUCUGUUAUUAAAGUCGUGCUUUUUUUUUUUUUUCUAAAUCCUAAAAACCAAAGAACCAGGUUAAUUAAGAUUCCCCGGACAAGAAAUGUGAUUUUUUUGCAAUUAUAUCCAAAUAUAUUCCACUGUUUAGAAACCUUCUAUUAGAAUAAGAAAAAAAAUUCUAUAUCAGAUGCCAAAUUCCACUUUUGUAAAUUUUCUACCAAGUGAAAAUGUAACAAUUUAAAUUGGAGAUUUCUUCAAUGAAGAAUUGGAAUUCUUGUUGGGAAAACAAAACCGAAAAAAGAUGUGAAUAAAUGUAUUUAAAACCCACAAAGGAUGAGCAAUAGCCAGUGUAAGGAAUAUCUCUGCAUUAAAUCAAAGCCCUUUACUGCCAGCCAGCCUCCAGUAGAGAAGGGGUUAAUCUUUUUGUGUGCUGUGUGUUACAGUAUAGGGUUACAGACUGUAUACAGAACUGUCAAAAACUGACAUCUUUGGCAAAUGAAGGGAAAAAAAAUGUAAAUAUUGUAGCAAAAGAGAAUUUAUACGUUGUCACUAAACAGAACAGCUUUAUUUACCUCAUGAAACCCAAUAGGAAGCAACAGACAUGUCAUCUGUAGUUUAGUGUGCCCGCUUACUACCUCUGAAUAACACGCCUAGUAUGUCUUCAACUUCUUCUCAUUGUGUAAUUAAUACAGCAGGCCAAGGGGCCCCCAAGUAAGUGAAUAUGCUGCAGUGUAUAGCAAUAGAAAUGAGCCAACAUGAAAUACUCCUAUUUAUCUAUAUUACUCUUCAGAAUGCACCAUAUAACCCCCCUAUCACUCCUAUUGCACCAUACAACCCCCCUAUAACUCCUAUUGCACCAUAUAACCCCCUAUAACUCCUAUUGCACCAUAUAACCCUCCCUAUAACUCCUCCUAUUGCACCAUAUAACACUUCCUAUAACUCCUCCUAUUGCACCAUAUAACCCUCCCUAUAACUCUUCCUAUUGCACCAUAUAACCCUUCCUAUAACUCCUCCUAUUGCACCAUAUAACCCUUCCUAUAACUCCUCCUAUUGUACCAUAUAACCCUUCCUAUAACUCCUCCUAUUGCUCCAUAUAACCCUCCCUAUAACUCCUCCUAUUGUACCAUAUAACCCUCCCUAUAACUCCUCCUAUUGCACCAUAUAACCCUCCCUAUAACUCCUCCUAUUGCACCAUAUAACCCUCCCUAUAACUCCUCCUAUUGCACCAUAUAACCCUCCCUAUAACUCCUCCUAUUGCACCAUAUAACCCUCCCUAUAACUCCUCCUAUUGUACCAUAUAACCCUCCCUAUAACUCUUCCUAUUGCACCAUAUAACCCUUCCUAUAACACCUCCUAUUGCACCAUAUAACCCUUCCUAUAACUCCUAUUGCACCCUAUAACUUUUCCUAUUGCUCCAUAUAACCCUCCCCAUAACUCCUAUUGCACCAUAUAACCCUCCCUAUAACUCCUCGAAUUGCACCAUAUAACCCUCCCUAUAACUCAUCCUAUUGCUCCCUAUAACUCCUCCUAUUGCACCAUAUAACCCUCCCUAUAACUCCUCCUAUUGCUCCAUAUAACCCUCCCUAUAACUCCUCCUAUUGCACCAUAUAACCCUCCCUAUAACUCCUCCUAUUGCUCCAUAUAACCUACCUAUAACUUCUCCUAUUGCACCAUAUAACCCUCCCUAUAACUCCUCUUAUUACUCUAUAUAACCCUCCCUAUAACUCCUCCUAUUGCACCAUAUAACCCUCCCUAUAACUCCUCCUAUUGCACCAUAUAACCCUCCCUAUAACUCCUCCUAUUGCACCAUAUAACCUACCUAUAACUCCUCCUAUUGCACCAUAUAACCCUCCCUAUAACUCCUCUUAUUACUCUAUAUAACCCUCCCUAUACAUUUAUUUCUCAGUAUAGCCCUCCCUAUAACUUCACCUGGUGCUCUAUAUAAUCCCUUGCUAUAACUCCUCCUUUUGAACCAUACAAGCCCUUCUUACAAUUUCUUCUAUAGCAACAUAUAUAACAUGUCCCUAUUAUUAUUAUUCUGUCAUCCCUCUUUCACUCACGUUUCUUUCCGCUUUUUCAUGCAUUUAGGGGGUCUUGUUUUUUUUCUUUACUAUUCUCAUGGACCAUUCUCUUCCCAAAGUUAGGCAGCUAUGGUAGCAUCUUCUUAGAUGGUGUCUCAAUAAGACUUAUGGUGAAUCCUAAUUUACAGUUAAUACUCAUCAUGGAAAGCACUGCCUGAUCCGAUCUUGAAGAUUAGCGAAACGGUUUUCUGGUGUGUCCCUAACAGAUGUAUUAAUAAUGAGAGAUGUGUUGCAACCAUGAUUAAACAAGCAACAUCAGCAAAACUAGUCCUUAAUAACUUACUGUAUAUAUUAAACCCUGAACUUCCAUAAAGAUCUGUGAUACGUUGUGUAAUAAUGUGUUGCUCUAUCACACAAGGGUUAAAUAAAGUCAUUAUCGAGAUAUAUAACCUUGUUGUGGUGAAACUCAAUAUGCUAAUUUGUGUCUUAAUGUGGCUACUUGUUUUGUUUGUCAACAAGACUAACUUCCCUUAAGUUCUCAUGAACUUGGUGCCACCUACACUAUUUGAGCCCACUUUUCAAUACGUUAGCAUACGGCACACCACUAGAGUUUUUAUCUUGAAAAUAACUUUAAGUGUAAAAAAGGAAACGCGGUUGCAAAGGAGAAAUGGAAUUGUUUGAUUUUGUCACAUAAUGGUCUAGAUUUUGCUAUACACUGCUGCAUUUUCAUUUUGAGUGGGAGGGCACAAAUCCUUCCUCUUAAAGCGCUCACUGCUGCUUUUCUCACUCCAUCCUAAAACUUAAUGUACAUUGUAAUCUUUUGAAGAUAAAAUGAUAAAAAAAAGAAAGAAAUGUAUCUUUUAAAAUAAAAAAUAUACACUUUAUAAA